AUGGCACCAGUGUUUCCGCUGGCUUUGCCCUUGGGCUCGCAGUUGACCACUGAACGCUAUGCUGUGUCUCUCCUUUCAGUCGAGGUGGGGUCUAACGACGAGUUCGUUUCUAUCAUACUUGAUGAUUCUGGUGAGAAAUUCAUGGCCCAAAGGCGAAAAGGGACUUCAGUUGACGAAAACUAUCACCCGAUGUACACUGAUAACACUUUGAAAUCGUUGGCAGCAAUGCAGCCAUUGCUAAUUUGCUUUGAUCAAACAUCACCUACAAGAAUUACAGUGACAUUCCGGUCAGACUAUACCAAAACAGGGACAAGGGGAGUUGCCAUGGGCGAUUUGGUGUUUCAAAAAACGAAUUCAGCAGGUCUGACAGCAAAGGAGCCUGCUAUUCUCAUAGAAUCGCAGACUUAUUAUGCAUUUAAAAGCACGCACACACUGACCCCGGAGGAUUCGGGUACCUUGUAUUUUGAGUUGGUGGAGCUAGCUACGACAAAUAGAGUGCUGCACCAGUUUGCGGUUCAAGUGCGACUGGUAUCAAUCAAUCAACGAUCCGCAGUCAAAUCAGAGAUACCUCAACCACAGCCUCAGUCUCAGUCAAAGGGGAAUCCGUUUCCGGUCUCAUUAGUGGAUGGCCCAGCUUUCAGAUCUACGCUGGCUGAGUACGAGGAGAGAAUUCCAGCUUUGAUAUCUAUUUGCAAGGUUUUGAGCGAGGAUUUGACUUCCUUGGAAAGUUCCAUGGCUCAGACAUCCAAGCAGAGGACUCGAUUGAGGGCAUCUCUCCAACAAUUGGUAAAUUCGCUUCCGCCAGAUUCUUCGACACGGUCUUCUGUUAGCAUAAGGCUUCGUUCGGCGUGUUCUAAUAUUGACGAGAGCUAUGCUGAGCUUCGUGGUGUUUUGGCACAGACAGUAUACCCACUACUCAAGAACCAUGGCUCAGGGGCUGGUUUGGAAACUUUGGCUACCCGAAAACGCACAUUCGAGGAUGAGAGCUCAAAGUAUUACGCUUGGCUAAGUAAGUACCUCGGCUCAGGCAAGACGAAGGACGAAAAGUUUCUGUCGAAACGGAAAAGCUUCGAGCUGAGCAAGAUCGAUUACAUUACAUUCUUGUCGGAGUUUGGCAUAGACAAAAGCCUGAAUAGGGAACAAUCACAAAGAAGAUUACGGGCAAGGGCUAGAAUUGAGCAGGCCUCGACUCCAGAAGGGUUGAAGAAGGCCUUAGCCGCUGUCUCCGUGGACCCUGAUAGUGGUGCGGUCUCCAAGCAAAGAUCAGGGAUCCUGUUCACUCAAAACGGCCAGGGCAAAAUUGGCUGGCACAAACAAUGGGUCGUCCUGGCGGAUGGAAGGCUUUCUGAGUACAUGGACUGGAGAAAAGGUGAAUCAAUAAGAAACAAGCCCAUUGAUAUAUCGCUUGCAAGCAUCAAGCCCGUGGAUGGGGACAAGCGCAAAUUCUGUUUUAGAAUUAUCACAUCCGAUGGAGUGGAGCACGUUUUUCAAACCAUCGAUGAGGAUGACAGGGAGGGUUGGAUAACAGCACUUUACGACGCAGGCCAACAGAUCCGCUUUGGCAGUAACAGUUCGCAUUCGUCUCUAGCCGAAGACAAAGGAUCCCACAAGAGCAAACAGGAUUUGGCUCUCAACAGAUCGAGGCGCAUAUCCUCUGUUUCUCUGACAAAUCUUGCUGCAGUCCAUGGUGCAGAUGCAUCGAACGCAAUUUGUGCUGAGUGUUCCUCAACAGAUUCCGUUGAGUGGAUUUCGAUCAAUCUGCUAACAGUAUUCUGCGUGAAAUGUUCCUCGGUACACCGAUCUCUCGGGACCACCAUAACCAAAGUGAAGUCUUUGAAGCUGGACAACUUCCCGCCUGAGGCGCUGCACAUGUUAUGCAAAGUGUCGAAUUUCAAGUCACGUCAAAUCUGGGAGGCAAGACUCUCACCCGCAAAAAAGCCGCGAGUGGGUGUUUCAGACCAGGAACGGACCCGCUUUAUCGUUGACAAGUACUCGGCAAAGAAAUAUGUCUCGCCACUGUCUACUACAGAAGCUGUGGACUUGCUUAUCCACGGAGUAAGGCGCGGGAAUCAUUAUGAGAUUAUCGAGGCUCUUGCGGCCGGUGCUGACCCAAAUGCAAGCGUCAUGAUGAAAGGGGCGACAGUUCCCUUAAUUGCGUACGCACUACAUCACCCAAACACAGACAAAUGCGGAGCGGUUGUUUACGAUACAGCAGAACUGCUGUUUCUGAACGGGGCUCUUCCAGGUGCGAAAAUCACACAAACGUAUGGACUGGAACCAGACGCCGUGCAGUUUUGGCAAGCCAGAAUCAACAGACUAAAUCCUCAGCAUGAGCAUGCAAAACAAUUACCACAAGUCCCAAAGGCCGUACAGGGUGGCCAAUCACUCAAGCCACCUAGCAGUGUACGAAUUCCGGCAAGCACGAGCAGUAAGUUUUCUUUGUUGAAGAAGAAGACGAAGAACUGA